AUCAGUGUUCCCAUAGACGCAGAGCGAAACGGUCGCGCGCUCGCCGAACUGUGUUCUGAAUUCAAAAUCUGAAGUGACGUUCUGUGUUGUGAUACCGGUUUUUGGAUUUGUAAGCUGCCAGUUAUAUUCAUCAAUAAACCAACUAUGUUAUAGCCGCUUACAGUGACCGAGAGUGUAGUGAGCUUCCUCUAGUUUAUUAGUGUACUUAAGUGCAAAUAAAAUGGGUUGCAAUACAAGUGCGGACGCGAAGGCGGCGAAAGAGGAGACCGGGGCAAAUGGAGCACAGGGAAAAGAGAGUUCUGAAAAGAAUAAUCAGAAUCACACGAAUGCUGUGCCGGCGAAGGGUAAAGACGACAAAAGCCCUACCGAAGAGGAAGCAGCGACCAAGAUCCAAGCAGCCUUCCGCGGACACCAGACCAGGAAAUCCAUCACCAUGAAGACCAGCAAGCCCCAGCAGCAGCAGCACCAGCAGCAGCAGCAGCAGCAGCAGGAGCCGGAGCCCACCCGCGCCGAGCUGGAGGCGGAGUUCCGUGCUGACGACAAAGACCUGUGCAACGCCGCCACGAAGAUCCAGGCGUCGUUCCGCGGCCACCAGGCGCGCAAGGUCACCCAGGCGGAGAAGGACAAAGAAAUACAGGAUUUGCAAGAUAAGGAAGACAUAGAAAAGAUCGAUCUCACCGAUCCCAACCUGAACAAGGCAGCCACCAAAAUCCAGGCCUCAUUCCGCGGCCACAAAGUCCGCAAGGAUGUCCCCAACUAGGGUGACCAUGAGUCUCUGGCUUCAAGUCUCGGCUUUACUUUCUCCUGAACCACUGCGUCUUCAAAACUCUCUUCGACGAGCUUUUAUGUAGCUUUAACGACCUUGUAGAUGAAUUUCAGAUUUCCGAAGGUCAAUUUCAGAUUUCUGAUCAUUAGCUUACGUAUUUUAUCUUAGUUUUUACUUGCUUUAAGAU